AAGCCCGUUCAGUAGCCAUCUGAGAAGUCUUUUAGUUGCGCGCCCGUUUGCCGGGAUUUGUGUUAAGAACAUGGGAGACAGUGACGACGAGUACGACCGGCGGCGGGGGAGGGACAAGUUUCGGAGAGAACGGAGCGACUACCAGGAACGUCGUGAUGAUCGCAGCCGCGGACGGGACGAUUGGCCAGAACGCCGCCGUGAUUAUCGGGACUAUGAUGUUCGGAGGAGCCGAAGUGACCGUUAUAGUCCUGCAAGACACGAUAUGAGUCCCCCUGUGAAGCGGAUGCGGCGAGACUGGGAUGACCGAGGUGGUUACGGUGGCUUUGACGGUGGCGGCUUUCCGGGGGGUGGCCACCACCCGGGUGCAGGCGGCCCCUGGGGUGGCCCCCCACAGGACAUGGGUGGCAUGGUGCACAUGGGUGGGCAACACGGUGGAUAUGGACACGGAAUGGGCCAAGCUGGGGGUCCACAAAGGGAACCCGAACCAGGCCUCACACAGCCGCCCAUGAUGACGUUCAAGCAAUUCCUGGGCUCUCAGGAUGACAGCAUUGAUGACCAGGAAGCAGUGCGCAAGUACAAUGAGUACAAGAUGGACUUCAGACGUCAGCAGCUUAACGAGUUCUUUGUCAAUCACAAGGAGGAGGAGUGGUUCAAGUCGAAGUACCAUCCAGAAGAGUGUGGCAAGCGCAAGACGGAGCAGAUGAAUGCCCUGAAGCGCCGCCUGGAUGCCUUCCUCAAGCUUCAUGAAGGUGGAUGGGUGGACGCCAUCAGCAUAGACGUGGAAAAGUCCGAUCGCAUCGUCAGGUUUCUCGAUGCAGUGGUGAUCUUGCUAGAAGGUGGCACUGAGUAUGACCUGAAGGCAUUGGAUGAGCCCGCUCAGGAGGACAAGCCUUCCGAAGGGGCUUCAUUCUCCAAUGCAAGGGGUGUAAAGGAAGCUAGUGAUAAGCCUGAGGUCAAGGAAGGCUCAUGUCAGGGCGGUGACGUACCAUCUUCACCGACUCGCUCGGAUGUGACCGCUGAUGAGGACAAGCGACACAAGAGGGCUGAUGAUGAAGAGGACGACGAGGAUGCCAAGUCAGACUCUAAGCAGUCUAGUGGUGGCCGCAAACGCAGCUACAGCUCAAGCAGCCAAAGCAGUUCCAGCUCAGAUUCUGACUCUGUUGAUAGCGACAGGGAUGCCUCUGACGAUCAGGACUCUGGUGUUCCGGGUGAGGAGAGUGGUGGGGAAAGCAAGAAGUCCUCGAGGAAGAGCAAGAAGAAGUCCAAGAGGCUCAACAGUUCUCCUGGGGCAAAAAAGACCAGCAAGGCCAAGGAAGAAAGGUCUGAGGAUGGCAACGAGGAAGGCAGCAGCACGAAGGGGGACGCAGAGGAGGACGACGAGGACGGAGGCCCUGAUUCGGUGGCUGACAGCAAGUGUAAAGGGGAGGAAGAAGAGGAUGAGCCCAAGGCCGCGGCUGGUGAGCAGGCCACUAAGAAUGAGUCUGGCCAGGGGGACGGGUCUAAGGCUGCCGGCACCGAAGAGAAGAACCGGCCACGGCCCCUUCACCGGACUUGCUCCAUCUUUCUGCGCAACCUGGCACCUACCAUCACCAAAAUGGAAGUGGAGGCGAUGUGCAAGCGUUACCCUGGCUUCUUACGGGUGGCCAUCGCGGACCCCCAGCCGGAUCGCCGGUUCUUCCGUCGGGGCUGGGUGACGUUUGAGCGCACCGUCAACAUUAAGGAAAUCUGCUGGAACCUCAACAACAUAAGGUUACGAGACUGUGAAUUGGGUGCCAUUGUGAACCGGGACCUGAGUCGGCGUAUCCGGUCAGUGAAUGGCAUUGCCUCUCACAAGCAAGUGAUCCGCUCUGACAUCAAGCUGGCCGCUCGUAUUGUGCACAACCUAGACAACCAGAAAAGUCUCUGGACCGAGACUGAACCUGGUGCAGAGUCUGCUGGUAACGUUGUGGCGGACCAGCUACCUGCUGUUGAGGGUUUCGGUGUGUCUUCCAAGAAUCCUUUGUUGAAGAACAUCACCGAUUACCUGAUUGAGGAGGCCUCAGCAGAGGAGGAGGAACUUCUGGGAGGCUCUGCAGAUAGGGAGGAAAAUGCCGACGCCGAAGACCCCUCGGCCGCUGGUGGCAUUAACAGUGAGAAGGACGAGACGCUAAUAAAGGUGCUGGACCGUCUUCUGGUGUACCUGCGAGUUGUGCAUUCGGUGGACUACUACAACCACAGCGAGUACGCCAGUGAGGAUGAGAUGCCUAACAGGUGCGGCAUCAUGCACGCUCGAGGGUCACCACCUUCGGGCAAGGUCACCUCACAGGAAGUGGCCGAAUACAUAAACCAUUUUGAGAGCAAGAUUUCACCCUUCCUCCAGCCAUCAACCAAACUCAGUGUGGAGGAAGCCAACAAGCUCGGCAAGAAAGACCCGGAUGCCGAGGUAGAAAAAUUUGUUGCAGCCAACACGCAAGAGCUCUCCAAAGACAAGUGGCUCUGCCCACUGUCGGGCAAGAAGUUCAAGGGACCCGAAUUUGUUCGCAAGCACAUCUUCAACAAGCAUUCUGAGAAAGUGGAAGAAGUGCGCAAAGAGGUGGAGUACUUCAACAACUACCUCUUGGACCCCAAGCGGCCUCAAUUGCCGGAGCACCCGGCUAACCGGGGAGGCCCCGGGGGUGGUCGUGUUCCUGGAGGAGUUGGGCACGAGGGUCCCGGUAUGAUGGGCCCCUUCCACGGAAUGUUCCCACCACCCCCCGCUUUUGGCUUUCCGAGAGGUCAUCCCGGUGCCGGGUUCCCCGGAUUUGGUGGCCGCAAUUUCCCAGAUAUGUAUAGGGCUGGAUUCAAAAGGAACAACUACGGACGAGGUCUACGUGGAGAACCGAGAGCACUCAUCACCUACAGAGACCUUGAUGCUCCCAAUGACAUGGAGUACCUCUAACGUAUAUUCUGCUUUUUUCCAAUUGGCUGGAAGUCAAGAGAUAGAGCACUCAAUUAAGUGCAGUCAGCCUGUUAUUGUGAAAGAGUUAACCAGUUCAAGUACUGUUGAACAUUAAUGCCUGGAACACAAUUCCUGAGAUUGGUGAUAGCACACGUCAUAAAAGCCAUGUGGUCAUUGUUAACUUGUGGAAGUCACUAAGGCAUUAAUAUUUUAUUUUCUGCCGUCUGUUGGUUUAUGUAGCAUUGACAUACUGCAGGUAGCACGUUGCAAAAUCAGUAAAUAUGCAAGGGACAAGCUGUGUGGUUUUGAAACGUGAAGUAUGUAACGUUUCACAUUGUAGUUUUGUUGGUGUUGCCUAGUUGUGCUCCAGCCUUUUGUGUUCUAUGUGUUAGUCGUUUGCCCCCUUUGAUGCCAAAGAAUUCAACUCUUCCAUACAAAUGACAACGUAAACAUAAUUUAUUCAACAUAUCACCUUUUUGUUGUUUUCUCACACAAAGCCAUUGUCAUUUGCACAUUAGGAGUGGACUGUCCCAUUUCAGUAACAUACAUCAAACGCACACACACUUUGACACGUUGUGGGCCCUGAGGUGCAUUGUACACGGGUAGAAGUACUGUCUGCAUUACCAAAAUGCUGCCUUGAAUGCCACUUUGAAUGUUGUAUAUUUUUCUUUUUAGCUGCAGGCAUUACAUGCACAAAAACAAAUUGUUGCUUGUUCUUUGUUGGCGCAUUAAGUCUGUUUUGUAUCUAUGUACGGUUGAGAAAUUUGAAUAAACACGGUGCGAGGGGAGCACAUUAAAAGUA